AUGUAUAAAUCACCUUCAAGCAGAAUCCUAGGAGGGAAUGGGAUGUUGUAUGCUACUAUUGGUUUUGCUUCUUGUUUAGUUUUUAUAUACAUGUCUUUUGGGGAUCCGUGGUUCAAUCUCCAUGGAAGAACAAAUUUCAGCUUUGUGAAGAGGAAUGGGACUCAGUUCAUAGUGGAUGGUAGGCCUUUUUACUUUAAUGGGUGGAAUUCUUACUGGAUGAUGGACCAUGGUGUGGAUGAAUCAAGAAGACCCAGAAUCAGAGAAAUGCUGCAAACUGGUGCUAAGAUGGGUCUCACUGUGUGUAGAACCUGGGCUUUCAAUGAUGGUGCAUACAAUGCCCUCCAAAUUUCCCCUGGUAGAUUUGAUGAAAGAGUAUUCAGAGCAUUAGAUUAUGUAAUCGCAGAAGCCAACCAACAGGGAAUAAGGCUGAUUCUAAGCUUGGUUAAUAACUUGCAACCAUAUGGUGGAAAGACUCAAUAUGUUAAGUGGGCAUGGAUAGAGGGCGUUGCUUUAAGCUCUUCUAAUGAUUCAUUCUUCUACGACCCAUCGAUUCGGCAUUAUUUCAAAAAUUAUGUCAAGACAGUACUAACAAGAAAAAAUACAUUCACUGGGAUUGAGUACAGGGACGACCCAACUAUCUUUGCGUGGGAGUUAAUUAAUGAACCCCGCUGCUUGACCGAUCCUUCUGGUGACACACUCCAAGAUUGGAUAGAAGAAAUGUCGUAUUUUGUGAAAUCAGUUGACCGGAACCAUCUACUGACUGUGGGUCUUGAAGGAUUCUAUGGACCUAAAAAUUCGAAAAGGUUAAGCUUCAAUCCAGAGUUCUGGGCGGCUGAUCUUGGAUCUGAUUUUACACGAAACUCAAUGAUCUCAACUAUUGAUUUUGCAUCAGUUCAUAUUUACCCUGACCAUUGGUCUCAUGUUCAGAAUUUUGAAUAUAACCUAAGAUUCGUUUCCAAGUGGAUGAUCUCUCACAUCGAAGACGGUGACAAAGAUCUCAAAAAGCCCGUAAUGUUCACCGAAUUCGGUUUAUCUAACGAGGACCUAGAUUUUGACUCCUCUCUGCGCGAGAGAUUCUACAAAGUGAUUCUUGAUAUCUCAUACAAGUCUGCUAAAAGGAACAAGUCUGGAGCCGGGACUUUGGUAUGGCAGUUUCUGGUCGAAGGGAUGGAAGAGUUUAACGAUGAGUUCGGGAUUGUUCCGUGGAAAAGGCCAUCGACAUAUCAGCUAUUUACAGAGCAGUCUUGUCGACUGGCAAAAAUCCAAGGAGCUCUUCUUUCGCAAGAAAAACACUUGAAAAAGUUGUGCGCGCAAAGAUAA